GCACUAAGUAAAACAACCGGGUAGUUUUCACCUCGAAAAGUCUAAGCGUAUCCCGUGCAACGGUGUAACUACAACAAUUUCUGCGUUUUUCGACUAAAACAAGAAGAGACACGACCGGCUUCUAGCCCUAGUAACUUCACUACCCGAGGUGCGAUAGGUAUGCCACAAAAAGCAUUGGUCAGAUCUAGAUAUAUGUUCCGAUAUUAUAUUAGAGGAUAACGAGGAUAAUUACUUAGCUGUUGAGGCUGCAUGUGCAAACUGCAAAGGCAAACAAAAUGACUGCAACUGCCACUGCGUCCGUUCAACCUCCGCCCUACUCGCGAUUACGAAUUGCACUCGUUCGUCACGGCGAGAGCACCAACAAUGUACUCGAAGCGACUGGCGUUCCCUUCUACUACUGGAAGGACCGGUCUGCUGACCCUGACCUCACGGAUCGCGGAUUCAAACAAGCCGAAUUGCUCGCGCAGCACUUGGGGGAUGAACGGAAGUCGCAAUUCUGGGGUCUACAUCCUAUAUCGGAGCUUUGGGUAUCGCCUGUAAAACGCACGAUGCAAACGAUCCGGCCGCUCAGCCGUACAAAACUAGUCCGGAGCGACGGACCGUACUUUGCUCAACAAGACGCAACGCUUGCGAAGGAUGCAGCAGGCUUCAACAAAGACUCGAGAAGGAUGUCAGCUUACGCAAAAACAACGCAGGGAGAACGUACAUGGUCUGGACACAAUAUUUCAGAUUUUCAAUCUUUGCUUCAGCUUUUACUGUUGCUGUGUGCUCCUACUGCAAGUUCGUUCUCACAAUGGCUUCGUUUUGCAUGUCUGCUACAGAAUCUAAAAUGUUUAUUUGGAAGUCAUGUUUUCGUUUUCCUUUUUUCGUUACUUCCCAGUCAGAUUGGCUCUACCAGUAUUAUUUGGAAGUCGGAUUAUCCUCGAGGACGAACAAGACGAUGGAUUAAAAUGCUGUACUAGUAGAGGAUGUUGUCUGUGUUUGUAGUCAUGUUGAUCUUGAAUCAAUUUGAUUGAAUUACAAUCUCUAGGUCUAGAUGUCGAGCGCAGCGUGCUGCAUCCGCGUCUCCAGCUACGCGCAUUCGAGCAAGGAGGGCUGUUUAGCGUACCGGUUUUCGAUACAGAUCCGUCAAGUACGAAAGCAAACGGUAGUUCGCACUCAUCACCUACAAGAAGAGACAACUCCAGUAGAGGACAAGAACCCGAGGGAAAGACGAAUGUCCCUAAGCAAAUCGAGUUCUCGUUUGGGCCGUACGAGGCAGUUGGCGGCUUGACGCGAAGCCAAAUCGUGCGCGACUUUCCGGGCUACGUCAUGCCGGACUCUGUGACAGAGAAGGGGUGGUAUCGACCGCUAGACCCUGAGCGGCCCAGAGAAACGCAUGGGGAAUCACAACUACGGGCGUACGGCUUCGCUAAGAUGCUGAAAGCGCGUGCGAAAAAACUUCAUGCGAAUGGUCCUGACUGCUACCUUGACAUCUUAGAAGAACUCAUAGCGUGCAACUGCAGUACCUUGGUCUUCACAGGUCUAAAGGAUUCAAACCAUGAAGGCGUUGUAAACCAUGAAGGUAUUUUUGCUUUUCAUAAGAACGAAAGUGAAAGAACGUCGAGGUUGCUCUUAUUUUCACGAGCAACUACCUCUAAUCCGACUUUCAGGUGUAGCAGCGCACUGCGCAGGGAUGGAUCACUUUCCUGCAGCAAACAAAAAGCCGCAAUCUGAAAACAUCGUGCUCGUGGCGCACUUUGACUUCAUCACGCAACUCCUCUCUUCCCUCAUGCAUUUCGAGUCUACCGAUCCUAGUGCGAAGGAAAGUGGAGCCCUGAUGCUUCCAUCAGUUAAGCUUCUUUGUGUCUGUUCACGAGAACGCGUCGACAUCUAUGGACUGCUUCUUUGUUUCCUUAAAGUAUUCCGGGCAACAACAAACGCCAUUAAGCACCACCAUAAGACGACUUCUAGGGACCCACUAGCAAUCAGACAGCUGCCAAACUCUAAUUUCCCUACGACCUCGAGUGGCCAGACAGUCGGAACAUGGUUCCGGUCCUUCAACACCGGCGUCACCGUGAUUGAUAUUGACGGUCGAACCGGUCAAGUCGGGAUUGUGGUGGCCAACUCGAUUGACCACCUAAGGGACCAUCCAGAGCUAGUAUCCGGCUUCUCGCUCGGGCAUGUGAAACAAGACGCAUAUUUAUGUUUGAGAAAGAGAAUCUAUUUCCGUAUGUAGCACUACCACUAGAACAUCUUCUUCACUACAAACCGAGUAGUUGUAGUAGAGACCUUACAUCAUUUACUCGCUACCGCUGUAGCAUGCACUUUUAUCUUCCAUGUUACUGACCAGAAGUAGCGCAGCGUAACCGCAAACGGACGAUAAUGACUACAGUUUUGAAGGUGCAGUUGUUGGUAAUUAGUCUAACAAACCAACCAGACGAAGUUGCAAUAGCGGAUACGAAUGGGGGGACUCAUUUCAACGGAAACAGCCCGAGCAGUGACAAAAAGAAACGAAAGGUGGCACCAGCAGAUCAUGGACGAGACUUUGCCUGAUGAUUAUCUUUAGUUGGGUCUCGACCUCGAGAAGGAGGUCCUCCGCAUACUUAUCUUUUUAAGCGUCUCUCACCUCCUUGUCUAGGUGAUGAGAGACGGUUAAAAAUGGCUCCUUGUCUAGGGGAUGAUCACAACCACUAGAAAGUUCCUCAGUUCCUCCUGAAGUAUUUGUCGAAUGGUUUAGUGUGACGUAGAAAACUGGAGACGCGAGAUGUUAGAGUGCUCCACUUCCACCUCAACGCGAAGAACAUGUCAUUUUUGAGGGAUUUGUUUGUAAAAUGCAGUCUUCAGUCUUCAAGAAUCAAGAUCAGAAAAUAAACUAGUUGCAUUGGAAUCAAUGUGUCUGGGUUGCAUCCGGACCCUUGCAAACACGAAACAAGAGCUGGCCAUCGGUAUGGAGUGACUCAUCCUCCUCACAGAGCUGUGUGGACGUGCUUUUUUUUGUUCGUAACUAAGUCGUCGCGACAAGUGAGGGAGUGAGUGGUGAAAACGCAUUUUCUCUUUGGAUUUACCCGAGUCAAGUUUAGUUGUCUCCCGGUCGCGAGAGUGGCCUUGAAGGGCCAGCGAUGGGUUGUCCUUCACCCAGUACUGGCGGAAUGCAAAUAGACUGGAGUCGGAGCCAGGCGGGUGCCCGACACGGGUGCAAGGCGUGCUUACGAGUAUCGAUUCGCACACGCUGGUAGCCAACUACGUCCUACAGGGUGACGUUACCGAAACAGCCAUUCUGGACGGCCGUGCGAUGAACGAAAGUACCGACCGGCAGGUAAGUGCAGGGGGACGGGCGAAGAUGGUUAGCAAAAAAGUUUCUGAUGAGCAACGCGAUAUCACGUAUUGCUGCGGCUGCAAACAUACUUCCUUGAAAUUGUCUACGAGAUGUAACUGCGAUCGUGAGCUUCUGUCGGUUCUCAAAAACAUCAAAUUUAUUGAUGAAAAGAACGAUCACUAUG